CGGCUGCUGGCGCUGCCCGGCCGGGUGGCUGAGGUCGCAGUCGGCAGCGGCCACGGGGGCAGCGUCGAUGUCAGGGAUGCAGGCGCUUCGCAGCCGUCGCGCUCGCGCACAGCCACGCCCCGUGUCAGCAUCAGUGGUGCCGGCUCUGGGCAGGGCACGGAGGAGGGGGCGGACGGCGGCGCGGCGGCGGCGGCAUCGCCGCUGGCGGCCGCGUUUGCGCACGUGACUGUUGCGCUGGGCGCGUCCGCGGGGCUGAACGGCGCCAAGCGCAAGCACGCGGGCUCCGCGGCAGCGGACGGCGCGAGUGACGGCGGCAGCGCGAGCGGGCUCAUCCAGGCGCACGUGCCGCACUGCGAGCUCGAGCCCCAGGCGGCCGGCGGCGGCUGCGGUAGCAGCGGCGCGAGCAGCAGCAGCAGCAGCAGCGGCGGGGGCGGCGGUAGCGGGGAGGGCGCGGGGGAGGCUGAGAAGGUCCUCAACCCUGAGCUGCUGGAUGAGGGCCAUGGAGGCCCCAGUGUGCUAGACGGCCUGCUGCGCGGCUUCCGCCGCACCACCUGCAACCGCGUCGCGCCCGCCGGCCACCACGCCGGCCUCUCCUCGUCCGACGACGGCAUCUCCUGCGGCGUCUGCCUCGACGCGCUGCCCGCCACCGCCAUCCUGCCGUGCAAGCACGUCAUGUGCGUGGACUGCGCCCUGGACAUGUGCAAGCGCUACUCCCUGGGCACCGCCGCCUGCCCGUUCUGCCGCGCCCUGGUCGCCGGCUUCCGCCAGGCGACGCACGACGAGAUGCGCCAGCACUGA